CGGUUAUCGACCAUGAAGACCGAUUUCAAGUUUUCAAACCUCCUCGGUACGGUAUAUCGCAAAGGAAACCUGCUCUUUACCCCCGAUGGAAACAGCUUGCUUUCCCCUGUCGGCAACAGAGUCACAGUGUUCGACCUAGUCAAUAACUCGACCUAUACCCUCCCAUUCGCACACCGAACCAACAUCCACCGAUUAGAUCUCACCCCCCGUGGCAAUGUCCUUCUUUCCGUGGAUGAAGAUGGUCGCGCGAUCUUGACGAACUUCCACCGUCGAGUUGUCAUCUACCAUUUCUCCUUUAAGGGCCGCAUAUCCGGGCUGAAAUUCUCUCCUUCCGGACGACACUUUGCUGUGGGGUUGGGACGUCGACUGCAGAUUUGGCACACCCCAGAUACCCCGAGCAUUGGAACGGAUGGAGAAAUUGAAUUUGCCCCCUUUGUGCUGCACCGUGACCUGGCCGGUCACUUCGACGAGAUUCAGAAUAUCGAGUGGUCGAGCGAUUCCCGUUUCAUCCUCACCUCUUCCAAAGAUUUGACUGCGCGAGUAUGGAGCUUGGACCCGGAGGAUGGCUUUGAACCCACCACACUUUCCGGACAUCGCCAGGCUGUGAGGGCGGCUUUCUUUUCUGGUGACCAGGAAUCCAUCUACACCGUGGGUCGAGAUUGUGUCCUUUAUAGAUGGGAAUAUGUUUCCAAGAAGGACCCGGAGACAAUGGAAGAUGUGUCGGAACCCCGCUGGAGGAUCGUCAAGAAGGACUUUUUCCAGCAGCCACAUGCUACGGUUAAGUGUGCGGCGUUUCAUGCGCCCUCGAACCUAUUGGUGGUGGGAUUCUCCAAUGGAUUGUUCGGACUUUACGACCUGCCAGAAUUUAACGCAAUCCAUCUCCUGAGUGUUUCCCAGAGCAAUAUCGACGUUGUGAGCAUCAACAAAACCGGCGAGUGGCUGGCAUUUGGUUCUUCGAAAUUCGGACAGUUGCUUGUGUGGGAGUGGCAGUCGGAAUCGUAUAUCUUGAAACAACAGGGCCACCUCGACUCGAUGAACGCACUGGUUUACUCUCCCGACGGCCAGAGAAUUGUCACCGCCGCCGACGACGGCAAGGUCAAGGUCUGGGACGUCAAGUCCGGCUUCUGUAUUGUGACAUUUACGGAACAUUCCAGUGGAGUCACCGCCUGUCAAUUCUCCAAGAAGGGAAAUGUCUUGUUCACGGCAUCGUUGGAUGGUUCUGUCAGGGCAUGGGAUCUCAUUCGCUACCGAAAUUUCCGAACAUUUACUGCGCCGUCCCGCAUGUCCUUCUCCUCGUUAGCCGUCGACCCCAGCGGUGAAGUGGUGUGCGCUGGCUCUCCCGACUCGUUUGACAUUCACGUGUGGUCAGUCCAGACUGGCCAGCUUCUCGAUCAGCUGUCCGGCCACGAAGGCCCGGUUUCGGCCCUGGCAUUUGCCGCAGACGGUAACCAUCUGGUUAGUGGCAGUUGGGACCGCACAGUUCGUAUCUGGAGUAUUUUCGGAAGAACUCAAACGAGCGAGCCUCUCCAGAUUGCGUCUGAUGUUUUGAGCGUGGCCUUCCGGCCUGAUGGAAAGCAGGUCGCAGCAUCGACGUUGGAUGGACAGUUGACCUUCUGGUCGGUGGCGGAUGCUGUCCAGGAAAGUGGGAUUGAUGGACGCCGUGAUAUCUCGGGAGGACGCAAGGUCUCGGAUCGCACCACGGCUGCCAACGCUGCUGGCACCAAAUCCUACCACUGCAUCACCUACAGCGCCGAUGGUAGCUGUAUUUUGGCUGCUGGAAACAGCAAGUAUAUAUGUCUGUAUGAUGUGACCACGGGUUCCCUGGUGAAGAAAUACACAGUUUCCGUCAACACUUCAUUAGACGGCACUCAAGAGUUCCUGAACAGCCGCGACAUGACGGAGGCGGGUGCUCGAGGCCUGUUGGAUGAAACCGGCGAAGCGUCCGACCAUGAAGACCGAAUCAACCGGGCGCUUCCUGGUGCGAAACGGGGGGAUGCUGGGGCCCGGACCACUCGUCCUGAGGUGCGUGUCAGCUGUGUGGACUUUUCUUCCACGGGGCGUUCGUUCUGCGCCUCGUCUACCGAAGGGCUUUUGAUCUACAGCUUAGAUACGGAGUUUGUGUUCGAUCCGUUCGACCUGGAUAUUUCUAUCACACCGGAGACCAUUCUCGCUACGGUUGAAGGCGCAAAGCAGGCCGCCGCACCCGGCCAAGCCCACGAUGACGAUACAUUCUUGAAGGCCUUGGUUAUGGCGUUCCGUCUCAAUGAGUCUAAACUCAUCCGUGCCGUCCACGAGGCCGUUCCCCCUGCCGAUAUCCCGCAUGUGGUUCGAAACAUCCCUACCGUCUAUCUCCCCCGUUUCCUUCGCUUCAUUGCCCACGCGACUGACGAAACCCCCCAUCUCGAGUUCAACCUGUUGUGGAUCGAGUCCCUCUUCAGCAGCCAUGGGCGAUACUUCAAGGAUAAUGCAGGCACACUCGCUCCCGAGCUUCGUGCUGUGCAACGGGCGCUUGAUGAUAUCAGCGAGAACCUGAAGCGACUUUCCGAGAAGAACUUGCACGAUCUUAACUAUCUCCUUGCGAAACCCUUACUUGCCGGGAAAAAGACCGCGGCCCUUCCCAAGGCAAUUGAUGAGCGAGUUGUGUCCGGCAAGAAUGGUGAUGAGGAGAUGAGUGAAGCAGCGGGUGAUGAUGCAGAGGGUGAAUGGCUAGGCCUCGAAUGAUUGAUGUCUCAAAAUCCUUUUAUCUUGUUUUUUUUUUUUUUUCCCCCGCUCUUUUUGCAUAUGCGCAUGGCGUUCGACUUGUUUGAUAUACCUGGGAAGAUAAAUGGGGACCACCAAAAAGUGUUUUGUGCCAUCUGAUAUUGUGUAUAUAGACAUGGCUCCUAAUCCUCCAUUUCAGUACAACUCCAGCCUCUUUGUCUCUCUCUCUCUCUCUUUGAACCCUACUCUUUUAAUGAUGCUCUCAUGCAUGCAAGCUUUUUUUUAUCUGAAUCAUUUUAUGCAGACCUACCCCAAGACAUGUUAUUCUCGCUAGUGAAUAUACCUGACAGUGACGCCAGAACUUGCGCAAAUUAUUCACUACGUUCUCCUUUGUUAUGCAUGACUACAAGUAGGAAUAGAUCCUUCACUUGGAUUAUUUCUGUUAUUGCAUUUUCUGUGUUUCUCUUCCUCGCAUAGAAAAACGCGACAGAGCGCCCCCU